UCUUCCUGCUAGAACUGCCAUGGCUCUCGCUCUGCGAUUCGAUAUAGUUCUUCUUACGGUUCUACUUUCCGCCCUCCUCCUAACUAAAGCCACCUCUACCUCUCAUCGCCACCAUGACCGUCACCACCAUCAUCUCAAGUCCCUCCACUUCACUCUCUUCCAACACGAAACCAUAAACAGAACAGGAUAUAUUGUAGUGAAUGGUGUAACAGGACCAGGCGUAAGUCAAACCACUACCCCUUUUGGCACCGUGUUUGUUUUCCAGGAUCCGAUGACUGUCACAGCCAAUCGAUCUUCGAAAGCAGUUGGGAUAGCUCAAGGAACUUCUGUCACAUCCAGCUUAGAUGGACUUCAGAGCAUUUCAGUAGCUAAGAUCACUUUGCGCUUGAAGAACCACUCUGGUUCAGUUUCAAUAGUUGGCGGCACGCAUAAUGUGAAGCCCGCCGAUCAUCCUGUUGUGGGAGGCACCGGCGAUUUCCUGUUUGUUCAAGGCUACGUGACAUCGUCCCCCGUCGAUCUCAGGGGCCUAACUGUUGUCUACCAGAUUGCAUUUCACCUUUACUGGCCUCCAUAUGCAACUCAAGCUUCUUAAGUGUGAUUUUGUAUCUCCACUUUUUCUUUAAUGUUAUUGCUAUGUAAGAUUGAAAUGUAAUUUGAUUAGAUCAUCGGUUAAAUCCACGAUGAAAACCGAAAAUAGAUGAAUCAAUCUGAAGUAAAAAUAAAUAAAUGUGGUUUCACGAAA